AUGAUGAUGCGCCGUGUGAUGUGUGUGUUGGCCGUUGUGCUGUGCUGCGCCUGCGGGUAUACCAUGACGGCUGCUGCUGCUGAUAGCAAUGUGGCGUCACUUGCUCCCACUUUUAGGGAUUGGGGAGCAACAGGUACAUUAACGUCGCCCUCAGUGAUUACAGGACAACCCACUGGGACAAGAAGGAUCACUGAUGAGCUAACGCAUUCUCAUGGUAGUGAAUUGGAGAAGAACGGACUCUCAGGUGGGAGAACAGAAGUAAAUGCAGAGGUGUUGCCACCCGAAGGCGAUCCAGCUGCUCAAGUGCCUGGUAAGGAGGGUGGACUCUCCAAACCACACGUUUCUUCAGAUCAUUCCCGUGGAAGUGAGGCAGGUCAUGUAGAACGUGGAACAUCGGCAGUACAAGGUGAAGAAUCUUCUGCUGUUCAAAGUGAAGUGAGUACGUUACCAUCA